CGGGAAUUAGGGGAGCGGGCACGGAGGGAGUGAGGCAGUGGGCAGCCCGUGCGGGGAAGGCCGGGGGAGUGUAACCUCGCUGCUGCCCGUCCCACGCCGGACGAGAACGGCCCGCGCCGCCUCCGCGCAGCUGUCGGAGCUCCCGCGCACCUGUGGGGAGGCGGCGGCGGGCGGCGGCACCGCGGGCUCCGGAACCCCCCGUUCCCCGGGGCGGGGCGGGGCCUCGCCGCGCCUCCAGGUGUUUACUUGGCCGGUCUCCGCAGCCGUGCGGAGGUACCGGGAGGGUUCCCGGGUCUCGCCGGUGUCAGGGGCUCGGGGCCGCCCCUGGAGUUACGUAAAGCGGCGGCGGCGCUCCCCGAGCGUUGUGCCUCGGCGGCGGGGCCGGGCCGGGCCGGGCGCUGCCCCCGCGGUGCCGGCCGGUCUGGUUUGGUUCUCCUCGGGUUCAGAACCGUCAGAAGUGGCGCUCCCUGACCUGCUGGUUUUGGGUGCGAGGUGCCCGCAGUUGUUUCUAGUUCCGUAACAAACUCUUCGGGGCAGCAAUUACUCCUCUGUGUGUCAGGUGUGAUAAAUAGACCCCCCUAUUCUGAGUCCAUAAGCAGCUGGCGUGGGAGCAAAAACCCUCCCUGCUGCGCCAAGGUACUGUUCCUGAAAAUAAGAGGAAACAUGGUUUACACGGUGAAUGAAGCUUAAAUUCCUGGACCAAAAACUGAGGGCUUGUUUUCAUGAAGGAUGGCAACACCAUAUGUUCCUGUUCCUAUUCCUAUUGGAAGUUCAUCAUCCAGCUUUACAAACAGAAACCAAAGAAGUUCUUCCUUCGGGAGCGUUUCAACAAGUUCGAGCUCCUCAAAAGGACAGCUGGAGGACUCUACAGUUGAUAGUUUUAAAAAGAUGAACGUGCCUGACCAGAUUGGUUCCACGUCAUCUGCGUGUAGCAGUCCCCUUGUUAGGACUAAAUUUACAGGUCUGGAUACGUCCAUAGAAUACAGUACUCAGCCUGUAGAAGAAACAGAGCAGAAUGAAGAUUCCAGGACCUGGGAAGAUCGACCAUCCACACCUACUAUUCUGGGCUAUGAGGUGAUGGAGGAGAGGGCAAAAUUCACUGUAUACAAAAUACUGGUGAAAAGAAGUCCAGAGGAAAGCUGGGUGGUUUUCAGACGGUACACAGAUUUCUCCAGGCUUAAUGACAAGCUGAAAGAUAUGUUUCCAGGCUUUCGGUUGGCCCUUCCACCAAAGCGCUGGUUCAAGGAUAAUUACAAUCAUGACUUCUUGGAAGAUCGACAGCUGGGGUUGCAGGCAUUCCUCCAGAACCUAGUAGCUCACAAAGAUAUUGCUAACUGCCUUGCAGUGAGAGAAUUUCUUUGUCUGGAUGAUCCUCCGGGUCCUUUUGACAGUCUAGAAGAAAGCAGGGCUUUCUGUGAAACUCUGGAGGAAACAAAUUAUCGCCUACAAAAAGAACUGCUUGAAAAACAAAGGGAGGUUGAAUCACUGAAGAAAUUAUUAACUGAAAAGCAACUUCAUAUCGAUGCUGUUGAAAGAAGAAUUAGGGAUUUAUCUUUAGGAAAAAUGACUCGUCAAAUGUCAGGAGAAGAAAGUGAGUGCAGUGGUGAGGUGGAGUCUUCUGCAGUAGAAGCAGACCAGGGUACCCUGGGUGAGGACAGCUGCUCAGACAAAGAGAACCAUGAGCCAUGCUGGAGUGGCUCUUUGGCUGGAAAUUCUGUCCCAGAAAUUGAAGUUGCUGAAGUAGCCUAUACCACGGAUGAAGAAUAGCUGAGCAGCAGCGGCUGUUACCUGAGAAAGGUUCAUGUUAAGGGUGUGUCUGUGGGUAGGAUCAUAGAGUAGCUGUGAAGAAUUCACAGCAAAGAGCAAGAAUGCACAUAUUGAAUGUUUACAUAAAUCCUUACAAAUUAUUAAUGUAAGAAAUAUAUCCAGUGCUGCUUUGAUUUCAGUUUGUAUCUAGCCUUUAUAUAUUUAAUAUAUUGAAGUCUAAUAAGGGCUAAAAAUCAGCUAAAGUUUAGGUAGUGUGUGUAUACACAAUUUGGUUGACUUUCCUAGCAGAAUGGCAAAAGUUUCACAUUAAAUCAUGGAACACAUCUAACUCAUAUGUCAUAUAUUGCCACUGUUGUGACACAUUUGGUGUGUUCAUCUGUUUGGUAUUUGUGUUUUCUUAUAGCCAUAAAAUAAUGCUUGCUAAAGUAAAAAUGGACUCAUUUGUAUAGGAAUGGAAAAAAUGUUUGUUUUCAAUUCUAAAAUUGAAGAAAGCUUCUCUGGAAGUUUUAUGCAAUGCAACAGGAAAACUUCCAGUACCAAGAGAAAAGCAGUUACCCAAUGGGAUCAUAGUUGGACGUUGUAAAAUGGUCAUUUUUGCUGAAAGAACUGAUCUGAGACCCCCAAAACACUGUGUAUUUUCAUCCCAAGAUAGCAUGCUGUAAUACUUUUUGUUCAGUAAUGCUGCUUUGAAAAUCUGGGAUAUCUUUGUUAUAUACUUGUAACAUGUAACAACAAAACCUGUAAAUUUGCCUUUUACUCAGAACACUACCUCUUACCACCUUGCUAAUGCAUUCAUGUUUGUUUAAAAAUAUUCCAGAUUAUAUGGAGGCUACUGAAAGACAUGUAAAGAAGCCAUAUUUUUUUCCUGCACAGUUGAUAACUAGAUUGAAUCUAGUUGCAGUGUAUUUUUGUUUCAAUAUAUUGUACACAUGGGGAUGUUGUUUCCUAUGUUGUAUAGCCUAUUUUUCAAAAUGUAUUAAGACAGGAGAUGCACUUUAUAAUUAAGACUCCAUUGUGCCAAGUUCAGUUGGCUAAUUGGUUGAGAAAUGGGAGUUGCAGGGAGAGGAUUAUGUAGUGCCUUUUUGUAUUUUACUUGUUCAUUACUGCAGAAUUUUGUUACAGCGCUCUGGGUCAGUUCUGUGGAAUCUUUGAUACAGCAUUUUUCUGUUCUUCACUUAUUUCCUGAAAGUGCCUUGUUUUAUUAUGCUUUUCCAAUAGAAAGAAUGCUGUUUUGGUUUUGUUUUGUUUUUUUGGUUUGGUUUUUUUUUUUGUUUUUUUGCCCUAUACCACCCACAUCGUUGUUUAAUGUUGUCAAUAUGCAGUGUCUUUGUGCUGGAGUUUUCAAAGGGAGCUUUGUACUUCAGGCUAUGCAUACAAUGACCUUUAUGCAGAACUGUAUAAACCUUCCUGGUGAAAUAAAACUAUGGACAAAA